CAUUUUAGAGCUGUCAGUUCUCUGCUUUUCAUUUGCAGUUUUCAACAAGCUUAGCAUUUAAAAAAAAUUGUCUAAUCAACGUAGCUCAAUUUUUGCUUUCUACAGAAUUCGGUUAUUUCUUCAGUUCUUCAGUUUUUAUCGUGAAUAUCAUGCAAAAAUACCAAUUGGAACAGCAAUCGCAAGCUCUCUACCACGGACACGUGGUACCGCAGCCGCAGCCGCAGUCGCAGCCGCAGCCGCAGCCGCAGUCGCAGCCGCAGUCGCAACCGCAGCCGCAGCCGCUGCCUCUGCAGCAGGAAGUGGAAGCAAUGAAUAUGCAAAAUCUUCCACCAAACGGGUUGUAUCAUAAUGGCGUCUGGUAUAAUAACACCACGCAGCCGUUCAACUCGUACCAGCCGGCGGAGGGCGGGCCUGUGUCCGUGCAAGUGCCGGUGGUACCCCAAGCGACGUAUGAAGGGCAGUCAUUUUUCUGUCAGCCAACUCAGUUGCUGGAGAAUCCGGACCAGGGCAAUGCAGGUGCCGCUUCCGCCGAAGGUGCUGUGGAGGCACAGGCUCAGGUGCAGCCGCCGGUCGUCUAUCAGCAGCCGUGCCAGAUGGUGCAGCCGAUGCAGGCGAUGCAGCCGAUGCAGAUGGUGCCAACUGCAGCGACCAAUCAGCCGGACAAUCAGUCGGCCUACAUCUAUCAGCCGUACAAUCAAACUUUUCAGCCCAUGCAGCUGGUCGUUGCACCACCGAACGCACCGCAAGGCAAUCGAGCACAGGCGAAUGGAGUGCCACAGAAUGGGGGCCAGUUGCUUGGAGCUGCCAAUGUGCAGCAGGCGAUGCAGGUGCAGAUGCAGCACCCAAUGCAGGUGCCGCAGCAAAUGCAUAUGCAAAUGCAGCAGCAAAUGCAGAUGCAGAUGCCGCAGCCAAGGCAGGCGCCAAUGGAGUCGCCGAUGCAGGCACCGAUGCAUCAGCUAAUGCAGGCGCCGAUGCAGGUGCAGAUGCAGCAGCAGGCUUUAAAGGAGGCGCCGAUGCAGGCGUCCAUGCGGAUGCAACAGGCAAUGGAUCCAGCAAUCCAACAUGCAGUGCAGGCCUUAAAGGAGGCACCGAUGCAGGUGCAGAUGCAGCAGCCGCUGCAGGUGCAGAUGCGGCAGCCAAUGGAUCCACAAAUUCAGCAGCGAAUGCCGCAGGAUUCAGGUGCAGCUGCACCAGCUUUAGCGCUCGCGCCACCAGUGGAGCCAAAUUAUCCUUAUAAGAUCUACAACUAUCAGGAUGGGACUGGCCAACCGAGGCAAGCAGCACCGGCACUGCCACCACUACCGCCACCGCCUGCACCACCGCAAUUGGCAGCACCACAAGCAGCAGCCCAGUCGGUGGAGCAGCAGCCAGGAUUCUGCAUGCAAUGCUGCUACCCGUGCUGCACCAAUCCGGUGGUGGGCGCACCGUCCGCCAAGCAGCCAGCUGAGGCCGAGUCGGAGCUGCUCGAGAUCGACAUAGCUGUGGCCAGCGACGUCUACAUAACCCGUACGAACGAGAAGCUAAUGGUCACCAUUUACAAGCAGAAGAAGUCGACCAAAUCUGAAUUCUCCCAGAAUGUCUAUAUAAAUGGGGGUCCGCCACCUGAGGCCCACGUGCAGGCUGAACCGGACAGCAACGGGGCCUCUGUUCCUGCCAGUCAGCCAGCGAACCCGGUCGGCUACAUUGCUGCACCACCGUCUGAGGUCCCUCAUGAAGCGGCUGCCAAUCAAGCACCACCCCUGGCCCAAAUGGAGCCUACUAAUCUUUGUGCCCGGGAGCAGCCGGAGCCCAAGAUUGCUCAAGCAAACGAAAUGGAGCAAUUCAAACCGCGCAUUCUGCCUUUCGAUGAGAAUGGUCAAUCGCGUUUCUCUGAAUGCAACGACAUGGAAACACGCUGGCAUCAGGAGAUACGGGAUAAAAUGGACAAUCAGCUGGACAAGGAAAUAGAACAAACACUAGAAAAUCAAUUGCAGCUCAAAAUGGAACCUAAAAUGGAAAAUAAUACCGAAAAUUCUACGGAAGGUCCGUACGAACAGUUUCGAGCACCGCGUCGCAUUAUGCAACCCAUCAAUCCAAUGCCGAUAGCUAGGCCACCGAGAGACGAACCAAAACAUUAUAGGACUAACUUUUCAGGUUAUAAACACGGUCAGAGUUCAUUGCGCGAGAAGCCGGAAUUUGUCGUCAAGGAAAUUCUUAAAUCCACCAAGCAAAUACAGCAGCUAUCCAACAAUAAUGCGAAAGCUGAUAAAAUUCCAAUGAACGGCUCUCAUUUGCAGGCGGAGCAGACUUUGGCUCCAAAGAACGAUUCCCAUUCAAAGACUGAGCAGACUUUGGCUCCAAAGAACGAUUUUCAUUCAAAGACUGAGCAGACUUUGGCUGCAAAGAACGAUUUCCAUUCAAAGACUGAGCAGACUUUGGCUGCAAAAAAUGAUCACCAACUAAAGACUGAGCAGACCUUGACUCCAAAGAACGAUUCCCAUUCAAAGACUGAGCAAACUUUGGCUCCAAAGAACGAUUCCCAAUCAAAGACUGAACAGACCUUGGCUCCAAAGAACGAUUCCCAUUCAAAGACUGAGCAAACUUUGGCUCCAAAGAACGAUUUUCAUCCAAAGACUAAGAAAACCUGGGUUCCAAAAAACGAUUUCCAUUCAAAGACUAAGCAGACCUGGGCUCCAAAAAACUAUUCCCAUUCAAAGACGAAGCAGACCUGGGUUCCAAAAAACGAUUCCCAUUUGAAGACUGAGCAGACCUUGACUGUAAAUAACGUGAAAGCAACUAAGGCUACAUCAAAUUCAAAUCAAGUCAACUCAAACAACAGGCAACAGUUGUCGCAAAACUCCGAUAAUUUGAUAGUUAACAUAGCUCCGGGAAAUGGAAACAACAUCCAAACUGUUCAGGACUCAAGUUUAAUACAGCCACUCACUGAAGUCAGCGUAUCUCAGUCUCAGGCUGUGAAACCAAAGACUGAGUCCAUUACACCAGAGAGUCCGAAACCAGCUCAAGGCCCUCCCCAGGAACCAUCGAUCCAACCGAAUCGAAAGACAGAACCAAAGAAAAGCCCUGUAGAUUCGCCAGCUUCAAAAACAGCAAAACAAGACAAUUCUAAACAGAUUCAGAAGCCAAAGGGCAUACCAAGGAUUUCCAAGAAGCAAGCUAACCUCUUGGCACGUAGGAACCAAAGGCCAUUCCAGCUGCAAGCUGAAAGAUCAAGCCCGAAGAAACCGCAAUCAAGAGCGACCUUUGCUCCACUCAUCUAUAAUCUAUCAGGUCCGGAGGGUCUGCGCGAAGGGUCGUCUACUCAACAGAAGUCUGCUGUAAAUGUGAAGAGCGCAGCCGAAAACUCAUUAGCGAAAUCAAGUCAGAGCAGCCCGAAUGUAAAUGGAGAGACUAUCAAGACAGAUUUACUAAGGGCAUCUUCAGUGAUUUCGAGGGAUGCUCCAAAGUCAUCCUCGGCAUGCAAUAAAUCCUCAGAGAGUACGCCGCAAGUAAGCCCAAGAGAGCCCAAGCCUGUAGUUCCAGAAAAGACGUACCAGCCCCCUAGUCCAAAGGUUGAUCAUCGCAAUUUAGAACAAACAGCAAACGAGGCGACAUCUUCUACAAAGGUUCAGUCCAAGUUGGCUCAGGUCAAAGAUCAAAUUGAUGAUUUGAGUUCAAAGUGCGUUACUCCAGCCAGAGCGAGUAACCCAGUUUUGGCACCGGCCAAGCAAAAUCGAUCUGGGCGAGCGGCACAUGCUCGUAAUAACGCAUCAAAGGCUCCUAACUCAAAAGCUCAAGCCAAACAAAAGGGUCAGACGACGAAAAAGAAAUCAUCCGAAUCUGCUCCAUUGAAUAAGUCAUCGAAAACAGUUGGCGCACAGCAAGCAACGAAGGUUCUCCCAAAAGUAAAAGAACCUAUUAUUAUACAGUCGGUAGAGAUCAUCAGGCAGCCAGAUAAGACAUACAAUCAAAGAAAAUCAGCAGCUGAGGACCUAAAGCCAAUAGCUACAGAAGCUGCUGGAAAGGAUUCCAAAGACGUUAUGAAAAAUCAAGCUAUCCUAUCUACAGAAGAUUCGGCUGCGGCUGAGGUCAAGAAAAGUGACUUGAAGCCGGAUGAAAGUGGCGAUCAGUCGCUAGAAUUGGAGCAGAAUAAAACUGAAGUAUCUGAAGCAGGUGCUGAAACGGAGGGUGCUAUAUCGGUAGAGCUACAGAAAGGAUUCAAGGACGGGGAGGUGGAUUCAAUGAAAACUCAAUCGAACUUAGUGCCAUGCCCUGAUAGCUGGGAAGAGUUAGCGAAAGACGAAUCGAAAGUAAUGCAACCACAUCCUGAAGAGAUGGAGUCCAAUCAGGUAGCUAACGAGGAGGUAGAUUCUGGGACAAUUCAAUCGUUCUUCUCCACAAACAAUGAGCUAGUGGUGGACCUGGAUUCAAACGUAAAGACGUUAAUUAUGGAGCUCAUACAGACAGUGGAGCAUACAUUGUUUCAUAGCCAGGAGGUGGAUUCAAAUACAAACCAAUCAACACCCAGUGAUGAGAACGAGGAGCUAGAGAAAAGCGAGGAGGUGCUGGAAGAGAGAAAUCUGUUGAGCUCGACUUCAGAGGGUACUACGUCGGUAGAGGUAGAGCAACGCGACGAGGAGCAAGGCUUAGAGGGUGCCACAUCGGUAGAGCUGAAGGAAUCUCAAUCAGAAGGAGUUACAUUAACUGAAAUCAAUGAGAACAGUCCAGGGUCAGCCUCGAAGCAUGCUGAAAUCAAUAUGCUGCUCACUCACAGUGACAUAGAAUUGGCUUUGGAGGAUGCAAACCAGAUGGAGAACAAUGCAGUCAGUCAGGCCAGCUCAGGCGAACCAGGGUUAGAGCUCAAUGUAAGUGAAACCGAAUCGAAAAUAGAUGUCAAUAGGGAUCAAACAAAAAGUUCGGAAAAUUCAGAAAGUACAAUAGCAGCGAAUGAGGGGGACGUGGUAAACGCCAAUCCAGGCGAGCCAGACAAAGAUGAAGCUGAUGCGGAGGUACAGCCUUUUGGCGUGCAGCAAAGGAGUACGUUAAAAAAGAAAAGCCCGAGACUCUCGAGAAUGGAGCGCAAGGCGAUGCGACGCGAGGCAAAGAAGGCGCUACUCGAAUCGCUGGCCCAGAAGAAGAAGGAAGAGACCGAAGGCAAUGAUAAGCAACCAAGUGAGCAGGCGAACGAGGAGCAGUCGGAAAAGCCCAAGGUCAACAAGAAGAAGAAGAUUAAGAUAUAUGGCUUCGAAAGGGAGGAUAGUUCCGAAUCAAGUUCCGAGGAGGAAAUCGAUAGUCCGGAAUUGAAUGAUAUUAGCAACCCACUUUUGCGACGCAAACUCAAUUCAAUCAUUCAGAAAAUUAAUAAGCUGUAAUCUACCAAAAUUAUAUCAAUAAAGAAUAUAAAUAUGUAUAAUUAAAGAACUAAUUUUUUUUUU